AUGUCUUCCGCUCUCCCCUACCGCCCCGCACCCGCCGUUCAGCCAUCCUCCACCGCCGCCACCGGUUCAGGUCCCGGCCCCGGCCUCGGCCCCUCCGCAGUUGCGCCGCCCUUCUACAACCCCCCUCCGCCGCCCAGCACAGCCAGCACCCUCGCCUACGCACCACCAGUUCCCAUCCCCGAACCCGUCCCCGGCCAGUACCAAACCUACCCCAAUCCCAAUUCCAACCCCAACCCCAAUCCCAACCCGGCUUACUUCCCUCCACAACCACCGCCACCAGCAGCAACAACAGUAACAACAGUAACAACAGCAGCGAGGCCUGGCCUCGCCGCGACCCGUUCCGCCGCCGAGUCGGCGCUGAGGGAGCUGGCGGCGCUGCAGCGGCAGCGGGCCAUGGUUGUUGCUGGUGCGCACGGUUCUUACCCCGGUCCCGGUCAGCAGGGGCCUGGUCAGCGUGCCGGUCAGGGUACCGGCGGCGGCGCCGGCGAGGGCGUCGGCGCGGGCGUGGGCGCGGUGAACGGCGCGGCGGCUGGGACGGCUGGUGCUGGUGCUGGUGUCGGUCAGGGUGGGAAGCCCGGUCUGAGGACUUCGGGGCAGGGUCGGGGUCAGGGGCAGGCGGGCCAGGAGCAGUUGGCGGGUGACGUUGAGGAGCGGGUGCGGGUGCAGACGGGGUUGGUACUAGGCGAGCUGGGGCGGUUGGUCGAGAGUGUGAGGGAGAUUGCGAGGCGGGCCGAGGGGGAGCGGUGGCGGCGGGUUUUGGUUGGGGGGGUUAUCGCUUCUGUCAUCCCCCUCGUCAAGAGGCUCUUCCGCCGGCCGAGGGACGAGGACGAGUCGGCCAACCGGACCGAGUACGCCUUCAGGAAGAGCAGGGGCCUCAUCUCGCGCAUCCUGGCCUCGACCCGCCGCCCGGGCCUCGGCACGCUGGCCUUCUUCGUGUUUGCCGUGCUGUACAUCUUCCAGAACGAGGUCUCGCUGCGCGUGGCCAGGACCGUGCGGAGGCGCCUGCGGCGGCUCGUCGCCAAGGUCGAGCAGGGCCGUGAGGCGCUCACCGACGACGACGUGAAGAUGCUCAGGGGGUGGAGGUGGAGAGUGCUGACCUGGAGCGAGUGACCGGCGAUUAUGCAAAGGCCUGGUGACGGUGAGGUUCGGGCUGAAAUUGGGUCGGGCGGGCACCAGAGCGCGGGACAUCUGCUGAGUCUGUACCUCGAGACACUCUCAUGAUGAUGUAAAUGACCAGUCACCCGCCUAUCUACUAGACAUUGGAU